GUUGAGCGUACAAAGUAAAAAGCGGGUAUCUUAUACUCAACUAAUCGGUAUGUGGGAGUUUCUAAAGAAUCACCGAGAAUUAGCAGUUGCCUAUAACAAAAGCGCAUACGACCGUGAGAACAGCAAGCGUCAUUGGCAGAAACUUGCAAAAAAAUUGAAUUCCAUUAGUGAAGGUGCCAAGAAAUCAGGAGCAGGGUGGUCUAAGUACUGGGUGGAUUUUAAAGCAAAACUGAAGAGGAAAGUAAAACAGGUUCAUGAUUCAGCGAAUGAGCAAGGUACUACUGAGUUAUCACUUUCAGAAGUUGAGAUGAAUUUUUUGAGUAUUUUGGGUAAGAAGUAUGGAAGUAAUUUGCUUGGGAUUCAGGCACUACCUGCUGAUGAACAGAAACCUGAUAUUUUAUUGAAUGAUAGUCCUCAUCCUGCCAUCAACAGCCCAUCGCAACCUACAACUAGUAAAGAAGGGGCGGAGACCCCUUUCAAAACACUAUGGAUGAACAUGGACAUGGAUGAUAAUAAUCUUCUAAGUGACGAUACUCAGAGUAGGGAAGCAUCACCAGCCCUCUCGAGCUCCACUGCAUCAGAGGAGCCCUCUAAGAAUACCUCUGGAAUUCAAUCUGGCAAUACUAAUAAUCCAAGACACAGAAUCGGGAAGCGAAGAAUACGUCGGAGAUCUCUCACGGCGGCAGCAGCCAUAGAAAAACUAGUUGUAGCAGCUCAAGUACGGGCUAAAGCUGAAAAAGCGAAUAGUGAAUCUAUUAGACGAGCAGUAAUUAUUUUGGGAGAAAUGACAACUGUAUUGAAAAGGAUAGAAAGGAGAUUGACCCUUGAUGAUUCUACGAGUGAUUAA